AUGUCCGUGAUUUGUGAAGCCACCAGGACGAGCUAUGAUAUCGACGACAGCGCGCCUUCUUUCCCCGCAUCCGCGGCAUCCCGCCAAGACGGCCUCUGCAAGCGCUGCGAAGUGCUGGCCCUAGACGACGGUAAGCAGGGCGGCCAGAUCAAAACCGAAAAUGGGGAAGACUUCGUCUCGUUCGGAGAUAAGCGGUGGCUGGACCUCGACUACAAGCUGGAAGACCGCCUGCCGGCUUUGCCCGCUCUCAGCGACUCCGCCAAGGCCGGCUGCGGCUUCUGUCGACUCCUGAAAACCGCCAUCUUGAGGCUCGUUGGCGGCGAGAAGACUCCCGUGCCACCUGACAGGUCACAUGUCCUCGCCAAGCACCUCAGGUUUCUGCUCAAACCUGGCCAUAACCACGACCAUUUCCGCUCCAACCAUGAGAGAGAUCAAACCGUGCUCGAUGAGCUUGCCGUAGAGCUGUUCUUCUCGCGCGACGAGCACAUCGACGAAUGCCGAAAGCCUCGGCCCAGGUUUGCCAUUGAAGAAACUCUGUUUUUCGAAGUACAUGCAGCGCCAGGCCAGUGCGCUAGAUGGCUGGGUAUCGCUCGACAGCCCGUUGCUCCGUCCGCACUGUCCGCACCAGGAAAAAGGAGACUCAAUGAGCUGAUCGCCAACUGUUCUCCUCCGCAGUGCUCCAGAACCGCCCAUUCUUUCGUCCCUUCGAGGCUGGUAGAUGUUGGCGGCAGAGAAGGUUCUCAAGAACCUCGCCUUGUCCUUACCUCCGACCGUGCCAAGCUGGCCAAUGGGACCUCAUCGGACGUACAUGCCGUCCCCUACGUUGCCUUGAGUUAUUGCUGGGGCGAAAGUCAACCGCCAUUCACGACCAAGGCAGAUUCACUUCCGAACCACCUCCAAGGAAUCGCACUGAAAAAUCUCCCCAAGACCAUCUGCGACGCAGUGCUGGUCACGCGCGCCUUGGGACUUCGGUACCUAUGGGUCGACUCCCUGUGCAUCAUCCAAGAUGACACUGAAGAUUGGGAGAGGGAGUGCGCGCAAAUGAAGUCCAUUUACUCAGAGGCGUACCUCACAAUCUCGGCCCUCGCAGGAGAUACUUGCCACAGCGGCUUCGCCGACCGGGCACUGAGUGAGCCGGAAACCUCGUUGCAAUUCAAGUCAUCUCUACGGCCGUCCAUGUGGGGACAAUUCUAUCUGAAAUUACCACAUCCUGCCGGAAUUGACGAAAGAAGCGUCUUCUCCAGCUGCAUGGAUCCGUGGGAUUUUCCUACUUCCCGGGUGGCACUGACAACACGCGGAUGGCCCCUCCAGGAAUGGCUCUUGUCACCACGAAAACUUGUUUUCCGAGAUGACAUGGUAUACUUUCAGACGGGCACACAUCGAGAAGCGGAGAACGGAUUCAUCACUCUUGAAGAGUCUCUGAACGAAUGGGCAAACUCUCUCAAGAAUGCGGAAACGGCAACACAGAGAUGGUACGAGCUCAUGGAGGAGUACUCGCAGAGGGAGUUGACGUACAAACAAGACCGCCUUUCCGCCAUUUCUGGCUUGGCGCGAGACGUAUCCGAGCGACUCACAUUGGAAUACAUCGCCGGUCUGUGGGCGUCUGACCUGCAGAAAGGGCUCUUGUGGACGACCUUGGCGGAAGACGACGAGGACAAGAUCCCGUUCUCCCGGCGCCUUGGGGAGCUGACAUGCACUGACGCAUACAUGGCACCAUCGUGGAGCUGGGUUUCCUAUUCCCACGGAAUUCUGUGGUCGUUGCCCGGACUUGACCUAUCGAGUUCCCAUGUAUCUCUGCACCCAAGCUGUGAGCUUAUCUCGGCAAUCACCACUCCUCACGGCCUAGACUCUUUUGGCCGUAUCAAAGCAGGGCAUCUGAAAAUCCGGGGCAAGUUUAUCCAGUUGCCGUCACCUAAAGUAUACCUGGCGUCAAAGUCUCAAUCCAGACUUUUGACUAUUCGGACAACAAAACCGGACCGGGACAUUGCGUCUGUGGAACUUGACUUCCGGUUCGAUCACCACAUUACAUAUGAAGGAUUCAUCACACCUCUCCCAUUACGUGAUACGUCUCUGGAGGGUCUUUCUCUGCUCAUAACGUCUAAGUUGGACGAUAGGACAGUGGGUGGACUCAUACUUCUGCCAACAGGAGUUGAAUCGGAAUUCCGGAGGGUGGGGAUAGUCCUCUCCAACCCACGAGGCAUGAGAGCCUUCGACGAGCUCGAGACCCACAAAAUCCGGAUUGUCUGA